UAAUUUAAUGCCGCUUGUCGCAAAGAAAAUCCACUGAUGGGCUUCCAUUGUCUACUCUUCAAAGACAUGGGAGAAAAGAUGUGCUUCACUCUCUCUUCUUCUCCAACUAGUCGAUUGUGAAGGCCGUUUUCUAGAGCAUCUUCCUUGCCAUUCAAUUCAUUUUCUUCACAAGUCUAUACGGCCGACGCGUGUACAGUCAAUUUGGACAAGAGAAAACGUGCUGGACCCAUACGACUUUCUCUCUACGUCAAUCUCCUUAACGUUUUCUCUGUUGCAAAGUCGAUAUCGAAAUCAUGUCACAACAACAGCGACCGCAGCUGCAGCAGCUGCUGCUGCCUAUUUAUCUAUUGCAAUAUCCGUCGGAAGAAACAACCGGAAUUUAUACGCACGGCCUUGCCAACACAGUUCCGCUUUGCGAUCUAAAUGUACAAGUAGAUGAUCAUUUCAUUUUAAUAAUUCGGCUGCUAUUAACUCGAGGUGAUAAGGUAAAUAAAAAAUAAUUAUGUAGAGGGGAAGGACGACGCGGAUCAUUUGGCCGUGACGGAAGGCCGGACGUAAAGCGGAAUCGAUGACCUUUGCUACAUUAAUGUAUAUAAGACGCUACUCGGUUAUAGCAAAUUGUACCAGUGAUUGUUCUCCAACUGUCCAUUCUGGAAUUCUUUUACAAACUGUAAGAAUAUUGAACCAAGAUCCACACCAUGAAGACGUUGUUGCUGGUUGUGUCGUUGAUAAUAUCAUCGGCCAGAUCUCACUACAACUAUAACCAUGCAGACAACAGGAAUAACGAAGCAGACUACAAUAAUCAGCCAAUAAGGAAACCGACGUAUCAUCACUAUCCGAUGACAUUCUUUUCCCAGCAAUUCGCUUAUUCUCAUCAAACAACCAGCAAACCCUAUUAUGCCACUACUUCAUCAUUAGCAGUGAGCGGUCCUACUCCGUACUGGUACCGUCCCUCGCUGUACGUUCGCCCUGGUGUAGUUUACGAGUAUCAAUUCCAUGGUCCUCCACAACCAAUUAUUCAGGAUCGCUAUUCUAAAGUCAUUUCACCAUUGAUCCUAUCAGCUGAGCUGGCGGAACCUAAAAGAAGAGGCAUCAGCAGUAACAAUUGAAAGUGAUGAUACUAGUACUGAUGCCACGGUAGUACAAGUCUCGACCGAUCUAUUUGACGACGAAGAAUUGACUCACCAAUCGACUACACCAGCUGAAGAUUAUUCAAUGCCACUGGAACAAGUUGAUGAAUUAAUAAAAGUGGAAUCCACAACUAUUCCGGAUGACAUUACCACCACCCAGCAGCCGGACACUUUAACCACUGAAUCGCCAUUCACUUUUGAGCGUCACCAAUCCAUCAUUCCUUUUUAUUUGAGACCUUCUUCAUGGCGAGCGCGAUCCUUUGGCCCCGAUCCUUGUUAUUACCAGCCGAAUCAUUAUUAUGGGCCGGAAGAAGCCAGAGACUUGCCCAGCAUUUAACCUUGUAUAAUGUAUUUGUGUUGGAAGUUAUCGAAUCAUGCCCUUUGGCUAAUGCUGUUUAGCAAUGAUCGCGAUCAGCUGUUUCGACAGCUGAUUGUUCUCACAGCUCUUCUUGUGUUUUGGGCUGUCAGAGUAAAGGUAUACUGAAUUUCACUGCUCGUAUUCUUUGGUAUAGUUUCUUGUAAUAUGUGGGUGAGUACUUUU